GAAAUCGUGGCAUGGCGAAGACUGCCUUAAAGAUUGACUCCAAAGAACUGUCGACUUUGCCGAGAUGACAUCUUCAUUGCAAGUUCUGAGCCGAUACCUGACAGUGUUUGUAACUGGUGGUAUUACAGCGUUUGUUAUUGCUCGAGGCCUUCAGAAGCUGAUUACUGUUUCGCUGACACCUAAAGCCUUUAUCAAACGAAAGGAAAAGAUUUGUCUAGUUACCUCCCUUGAUGAGUGGCAGAGUAUCUACCCAGAGUUAUCAGAAGCCUGCACUUCAGUCAGGGUUGUGGGCCUUGACUGCGAGUGGGUACCUGCCCAGGAUGGUGACGUCCAGCGCCCCGUGGCCUUGUUACAGAUCGCCUGUCACACUGGCCUGUGUAUCCUAAUCCGUCUCUGUAAAUUCCCAGAUUUUCUGCCUCCCACAUUGUCAGCAUUCCUGGCAGAUAGAAGCAUCCUGAAAGCAGGAGUUGGAGUGAAGGAAGAUGGCAGUAAGCUGCUGAAAGAUUACGGCAUUGUCCUCAGAGGCUGUGUAGACUUACGGCAUGUCCUGAACAGAGUUAGAGGAAUCUACAAAAUAAGGAGUCCAGGAUUGAAAGGGCUUUCCAAGUCAGUAUUAAACAUCACAUUGGAUAAAAGUAUAUUUAUCAGGUGUGGUAAUUGGGAAGCUGAUGUCUUAACACCUGAGCAGGUGAAGUAUGCAGCAUUGGAUGCAUCGGUAGGAGUGGACAUAUUCCUUCAUUUGAUUGUGGCAAAGAUGACUGCUUGUAAACCCACUGGCAGCUCCUUGCAGAAAAUAUAUGAGCCAGGUUUUUGGAAGAGAACGUUGUCAGUUUGCCAGGGUGUUGUGGACGUGGCAUAUUCCUAUAAACAAGACAGAUUACUGGAUUCAGAUGGGGUGGGAGAGACAAGCGGUAAAUCCCGGGCCAAAUCAGUUGAUGUAGGCGAGAUGUCAGCAGCAGUACGGUCAUACUCCACGCGACAGAGCCCCCUCUACCAUAACUGUAAAUUACAGGCCCCGGAUGGGCAGCAGCUGUGUACCUGUGAUGAGAAGAAAGCAAACUGGUACAUUGAGAAGGAGUUGGGGGAGAAGGUCUGUGAUGACCCACUGACGGUACGUUUGUAUUUUGAGCCAUCUGGUCGGCCGGACUCAGGCAGAAAUUACUACCUCCAGGACAAGGAGAACAUCUGUGUGGUGUGCGGCCAUUCGAACACGUACAUCCGCAAAAUCAUCGUGCCUCAUGAGUACAGGAAGUUUUUCCCAUUCAUGAUGAAGGAGCAUUCAUCACAUGACGUGUUACUGCUGUGUCCACCGUGUCAUGCUAAGAGCAGUCAGUAUGACAGCUUGUUACGACAGCAGCUGGCAGACCGGUGCGACGCGCCGCUCGACUCUGGCACUGGCACCAGAAUGAGACAGGACUCUGACCUCCAUAAAGUAAAAUCUGCUGCAAAAGCAUUGAAACAAAGCCGUGACAAGCUUCCAGCUGACAGAAGAGAAGUUCUAGAGCAUACAGUCAAGACGCACUUCGGAGUUAUGUCCCUUACUGAGGAGCUCCUGGAGAAAGCAUUGGAUUUAGAUACAAGAAUAUACAACAGUAAAUAUGUUCCUCACGGUCAGAAAGUGGUGGAGUAUAUCCGUCAGAGGGAAGGACUGGUCAGUUUUGAGAAAAUGUGGAGACAGCAUUUUCUGGACACUAUGAAUCCUCAGUUCUUACCACUAUACUGGUCUGUUGACCAUAACCAUGAGAGAUUAGCCCAGUUUGAUGACCAGACCAGUGACCAUAAAUGUUGAUUCCAGAAAAUGGAAUGGAAAAUGGACAUGUUAGCACUGCUUAAAAUACACACAAAAAAUAUUUUUUUAUAUUUUUUUAAGUAGUAUCACUUCAGGAAUGAGCUUUUGAGGUCAUGCUUGCUUCUUAAGCGAGGAUGUUUGUCAGGCACUCUGGAAACUCUGAUUCCCGCCAGCCUGCAGUUUUGAGUGUUGUGUAGUGUUUAGAAAACUAUCGUUAGUACACAACUCGAUGUCCCAGUUAAUUAAAUUGCCUAUUGUAGGUGUGAUACUAGGUCCUGCUGGCGAGCUCAAGUGUAUUUUGUGUGUAGUGUCAGUCAGUUAUUUCCCAUCAUUACCUAAUGGUUCAACACCAGCCAGAUAAAUUAAUAGCUAAAUAAUUAAAUCACUUUUGCAUCAUCAUCAGUCUCACCAAUGCGGUUGCUGUGAGUUCAAGUCCAGCUCAUGCUGGCUUCCUCUCCGGCCGUAUAUGGGAAGGUCUGUCAACAACCUGUGGAUGGUCGUGGGUUUCCGUCGGGCUCUGCCCGGUUUUCUCCCACCAUAUUGCUGGCCACCGUCGUGUUAGUGAAAUAUUCUUAAGUACGGCGUGAAACACCAAUCAGAUAAAUAAAUAAAAUCCUCAUCAGAGUUCACAACGAUUUACAAACUGUCAAUGAGAACAGUAAUAUUUUAGGUGUACUCUAGAACGUUAUUAAAAGAUUCACAUCUGGAUAUUAUUAGUAUUAUGAUAAAGUAAGCAUGAUUUCAAAAGCUCAGAUUCGUGUGUACUGUUACUUGAAUUACUACUGUAGAUGUUUUUGAUACAGGCUGAAAUACUGUGAUAUAUCUAUGAACCAA